AUGAGCAGCGAUCUGAGCUUCAAGGACAAGGUGUCCAAGUCGCUCUCGUUCCUCUCCGUGCUCGGGAAGAAGAAGCAGCCCGAGCCGCCGCCGAGCAGGAACGCGUACCCGCCGCCGCCGUCGAGCUACUACGGCUACGACGCGCGAACCGCAACCUACGACCAGCGCGCCUACGAGCAGCAGCAACAACAACAGCCGCGGUACUAUGACGGCGCACCACCGCCGCUGCUUCCGCCCAUGCAUCCGUACGUGGUGUCGGCGCCAGACCGCGUCGACGAGCUCCUGUGUACGCCAACACCGGAGGCGCGGUUCCCAACACCGACGCCCGAUAUCAAGUACCCGUCGCCGUACGACUUUGCGAAAGACCGCCCGACGCCUGUCGAGAAAAUGGAGGACCUCCAGCAGCUGCAGGAAGCGCUCUUGCCGUCCCCGUUCGACUACUUGCGCAAGGCGAGCGGCGGCAUCAACUACCAGCAACCGCAGCCACAGUCGCAACCGAUGAGCGGCAACGACUACCGUGUCGCAGACGAAAUCAACACGUUGUGCAGAGACUUGGUGAGCCACGGCAUGCGCACCAAGGAGAGCGCCCGCAAGUACUCGACUGCGUCGUCGGUCUCGUCCAUGUCUUCGGUCUCGUCGUCGUCGCUGCCGCGGGCGAAUUCGCGCCACGAUGUCUUCAUCAAGUCCGAACCGACCACGAACCACGCGUACGGUGACUUUAUUGAGCUCGCGACGGCCAACGGCGGGUACUCGUCGGGUGGCGGCAAGAGCUACGACUCGGACUCGUCCAGUGGCGGCGCCGUCAAGCACGAGCACGGCAGCGGUGCCAAGCAGUACCGUCGGAAGAACUGCUCUGUCGAAGGCUGCAGCAACCUCUCGCGCUCCAAGGGGCUCUGCAAGGCACACGGUGGUGGCCGCCGAUGCUCCGUGGAAGGGUGCACGCGAGCGAGCCAGAGCAGCAGCCUUUGCAUCGCGCACGGCGGCGGAAAGCGCUGUACAGUUGAAGGCUGCACAAAGGCCGCCCAAUCGCGCGGCAUGUGCAAAGCCCACGGCGGCGGCGUCCGUUGCCGCAUCGAAGGCUGUACCAAGUCGAGUCAAGGCGACGGCUACUGCCGGUCCCACGGCGGCGGUCGUCGAUGUGGCCAUCCAAGCGGGUGCCUCAAGUGGGCGCAGCGCAACGGCAUGUGCAUGACCCACAGCGAAGGAAAGUACGGCAAUAGCUACCGAGGCCGACUGGCGAGACAGUCGACCGACGACGAGAUGGACGACACAGACAUGACGUAG